UUUACUUGUGCAUUGGGCCAGUUUUGUUAAGUGAGUUCUUGACACUCGCUGUGGUCAGUCGUUGUUACGAUUUUAUUUCCAACUUAGGGUAGUAAGUUAUAUCGCAAAAGCCAGGUAACAUGGAUAUUGAGUAUACUUUACUUUGCUACUAAUCUCUUAACCUCAUUUUGUUAAGUUCUUAACGUGAUUAUAAUCGAUGAAAGGAAAGAAAAUCUAGUAUUGUUUAGCAUUUUCUAUAGCAGAUCUCAUGGAAAAUAUUGAAGAUUCCGCAGUUUUAGAAGUAUCUUCGGAGAAUCGUACGCCUAUUUCAUUGAAAAAUGAAAGUAGAGACUCUAUAACUGAUGUGUCAAACAUAAGUACUUCAGUUGAUGGUUCAAUGGUUCAGUCAUUAUCGCUUGAAAGUUUUUCACUUUCAAAUGAUUUAGAUGGAUUUGACUCUGGUUUGAAUGGAAAAGAUCUUCAAGUUCGAGUUGACAAUCCUCAGAAACAUCUAGAUUCCUUAGAAACUUACAUUACAUUUCGAGUCACAACUCGAACAUCACGAGAAGAAUUUUCUGAGAGUGAAUAUGUUGUUAGACGAAGAUAUAAUGACUUUGUUUGGAUACGACAAAAGCUAAUUGAUGUUUUCCCAACUCAUGUGGUUCCACCGUUACCAGCUAAACAUUCACUGCUCGGCCAGCUAGACAGAUACUCAAGAGAAUUUGUGAUGUGUCGCAUGGCAAUGUUGCAUCGUUUCCUCAACCGAAUUGUCAGCCACCCAAUACUCAGUUCACACCCAACAGUGCAUCUGUUUCUCACUGCUAAACCUGCGGAAUUUCUAAUGCAUAGAAGAAACUCAGGAAGUCUGAUUGGAAGAAUGACAGGGUCUCUUCAGCAAAUUGCAAAUUCCUAUGCAUGCCAAAAAACAGAACCUGAGUUUGAAACAGUAAAAGACUAUGUUGAAACAUUGUCAGAAAAGUUGUCUACUUUAGAAAAAAUUGGGGAAAGAAUUCAUAAAGAGCGUAGAGAUCAUGUAACAGAACUUAAUAAUUUUUAUCCAAUUUUAACAUCCUGGGCUGGUAUUGAGCCAGUUCUACGACCUCUCUUGCUCGACAUUGGGGUUGCAGAGGAAACUAUAGCAUCAGCUCAGCAGAAACAUCUUAUCAGUUCAUAUCAAAUAAAUUUUUCCCAGCCAUUAAAGGAAUAUCUUCUCUAUUUGGAAUCAAUAAAUGAGGCACUAGAAAGGCGAGAUGCUAUUCAGAUUGAAUAUGAGUUGGCAGUUGAAGAAUUGAAUAAACUAAAAACAGAGAAGGAUCAGCUUAUAAACUCAGAUCCGGCCGACACAACAACCAGCUUCAGUCUGUGGAAACCUACAAGUUGCCAAGAUAAACUGGAAAAGUUGAGUUUGUCCAUACCAAAGUUGCUGAAAACCGUUGAGGCCAAUCAAGACAAAAUGGAAAUAGCUAAUGAGAAUUUGAGAUCUGAUAUGGAGAGAUGGAGUGUCGAAAAGAAAGUAGACCUAAAAAGGAUAUUAAUCAAAAUGGCUGACCAACAUAUGCAAUACUACCAAGAGUGCCUUGAUGCCUGGGAAAAAGUGAUGCCAACUUUGAAAGAAACCAGUAACCAAAGUAAUGUUACCACUUUAAGCUAGUCAAAUACUUCUUAUAUUUCAUUUUAACAACCAUAUCAAACUGCAAUUAAGUGUAAUUUUCUAUAAAACUUAAUCUGUUAAUAUUCAAAAGGAUUAAUUUUAAGGAUUUGUAUUUAUGUAAAUUUAUGUCAAUAAAUGUAUCAAGUUUUUGUUUA